AUGAGAUCACUGGGGGCUGGUGUGUACAGUGUGGGGGGGGGGGGGGGGGGGGGGGGGGGGGGAGUGAGGGGGGGUGGGGGGGUGAGGGGGGGAGGGGGGGAGCUCGAUAGGCCACGGGCCAUAUCCACUUUUGGGAAGAGCCAGGGCCAGUUCAAGUGGUGGGGGGCACAGGGGCCGCUCAGAGGGGGUGGGGGCCAUAUGUGGCCCGACCUCCUGCUGCAUCAGGAGGAGGUGCAGGACCUCCUGCUGCUCCAGGAGGAGGAGGAGGUGCAGGACCUACUGCUGCUCCAGGAGGAGGUGCAGGACCUCCUGCUGCUCCAGGAGGAGGUGCAGGACCUCCUGCUGCUCCAGGAGGAGGUGCAGGACCUACUGCUGCUCCAGGAGGAGAUGCAGUGUAACAUAUGUAGCGGAUGCAGAGUCUCAGGAAACACCAUCAUCACAGACGUCUUCUUCACAGACGUCUUCAUCACAGACGUCUUCUUCACAGACGUCUUCAUCACAGACGUCUUCAUCACAGACGUCUUCUUCACAGACGUCUUCUUCACAGACGUCUUAUUCACAGACGUCUUCAUCACAGACGUCUUCAUCACAGACGUCUUAUUCACAGACGUCUUCAUCACAGACACGUCUUAUUCAGACGUCUUCAUCACAGACGUCUUCAUCACAGACGUCUUAUUCACAGACGUCUUCAUCACAGACGUCUUCAUCACAGACGUCUUAUUCACAGACGUCUUCAUCACAGACGUCUUCUUCACAGACGUCUUAUUCACAGACGUCUUCAUCACAGACGUCUUCUUCACAGACGUCUUCAUCACAGACGUCUUCAUCACAGACGUCUUAUUCACAGACGUCUUAUUCACAGACGUCUUCAUCACAGACGUCUUCUUCACAGACGUCUUCAUCACAGACGUCUUCUUCACAGACGUCUUCAUCACAGACGUCUUCAUCACAGACGUCUUCAUCACAGACGUCUUCAUCACAGACGUCUUCAUCACAGACGUCUUCUUCACAGACGUCUUCAUCACAGACGUCUUCAUCACAGACGUCUUCUUCACAGACGUCUUAUUCACAGACGUCUUCAUCACAGACGUCUUAUUCACAGACGUCUUCAUCACAGACGUCUUAUUCACAGACGUCUUCAUCACAGACGUCUUAUUCACAGACGUCUUCAUCACAGACGUCUUCAUCACAGACGUCUUCAUCACUGACGUCUUCAUCACAGACGUCUUCUUCACAGACGUCUUCAUCACAGACGUCUUCAUCACAGACACGUCUUCAUCACAAGACGUCUUCAUCACAGACGUCUUCAUCACAGACGUCUUCAUCACAGACGUCUUCAUCACAGACGUCUUCAUCACAGACGUCUUCAUCACAGACGUCUUCUUCACAGACGUCUUAUUCACAGACGUCUUCAUCACAGACGUCUUCAUCACAGACGUCUUAUUCACAGACGUCUUCAUCACAGACGUCUUCUUCACAGACGUCUUAUUCACAGACGUCUUCAUCACAGACGUCUUAUUCACAGACGUCUUCAUCACAGACGUCUUCAUCACAGACGUCUUCAUCACAGACGUCUUAUUCACAGACGUCUUCAUCACAGACGUCUUAUUCACAGACGUCUUCUUCACAGACGUCUUAUUCACAGACGUCUUCAUCACAGACGUCUUCAUCACAGACGUCUUCAUCACAGACGUCUUCAUCACAGACGUCUUCAUCACAGACGUCUUCUUCACAGACGUCUUAUUCAGACACGUCUUCAUCACAGACGUCUUCAUCACAGACGUCUUAUUCACAGACGUCUUCAUCACAGACGUCUUCUUCACAGACGUCUUCAUCAAAGACGUCUUCUUCACAGACGUCUUAUUCACAGACGUCUUCAUCACAGACGUCUUCAUCACAGACCAGUUAUUCACAGACGUCUUAUUCACAGACGUCUUCAUCACAGACGUCUUCUUCACAGACGUCUUCAUCACAGACGUCUUCUUCACAGACGUCUUCAUCACAGACGUCUUCAUCACAGACGUCUUCAUCACAGACGUCUUCUUCACAGACGUCUUCUUCACAGACGUCUUCAUCACAGACGUCUUCAUCACAGACGUCUUCUUCACAGACGUCUUCAUCACAGACGUCUUCUUCACAGACGUCUUCUUCACAGACGUCUUCAUCACAGACGUCUUCAUCACAGACGUCUUAUUCACAGACGUCUUAUUCACAGACGUCUUCAUCACAGACGUCUUCUUCACAGACGUCUUCAUCACAGACGUCUUCUUCACAGACGUCUUCAUCACAGACGUCUUCAUCACAGACGUCUUCUUCACAGACGUCUUAUUCACAGACGUCUUCAUCACAGACGUCUUCAUCACAGACGUCUUCAUCACAGACGUCUUCAUCACAGACGUCUUCAUCACUGACGUCUUCAUCACAGACGUCUUCAUCACAGACGUCUUCUUCACAGACGUCUUCAUCACAGACGUCUUCAUCACAGACGUCUUCUUCACAGACGUCUUCAUCACAGACGUCUUCAUCACAGACGUCUUCAUCACAGACGUCUUCAUCACAGACGUCUUCAUCACAGACGUCUUCAUCACAGACGUCUUCAUCACAGACGUCUUCAUCACAGACGUCUUCAUCACAGACGUCUUCAUCACAGACGUCUUCAUCACAGACGUCUUCAUCACAGACGUCUUCAUCACAGACGUCUUCUUCACAGACGUCUUCAUCACAGACGUCUUCAUCACAGACGUCUUCUUCACAGACGUCUUCAUCACAGACGUCUUCAUCACAGACGUCUUCAUCACAGACGUCUUCAUCACAGACGUCUUCAUCACAGACGUCUUCAUCACAGACGUCUUCAUCACAGACGUCUUCAUCACAGACGUCUUCAUCACAGACGUCUUCAUCACAGACGUCUUCAUCACAGACGCUGAACCUUCUGCUGAAGACGAGCACGAUCUAACAGGACUUUGA